UCGCUUAGUCCAAGAUGGCGAUAGAGUUGAGUUUGUAAAGAUUGCAGUUUCUGUCUGUGCUUCGUCUAAUAAAUAAUGCGGACAGGCGUGAUAAUAAUAUAAUUAGUAGCUUAGUUUACGCAUAUUUGCAAAAUCGACACCAAUAUAAAGGCGAAAGUAAAACUUAAACGAGGCUAUUCUCAAAAAUCUUACAAAAAAUUCGUUACCAUGCAUUACCUCGGGACUUAGUAGUUGUUUUUGUAUUUAAACAAAAUAUAUGUUAUAGUUUCUAAAGUUACACAUAAAUUAAACUAUUUAAUUUAAGCAACGAUACAAUAAAUUGCUCGAAAUGAUGAAUAACUAUAAUAAUAUUUUAAUGGGCGAUCAGUUCCGAAAAAUGGAUUCGACAUAUUCGCCGAAGUCUUCGCCGCACGGUGGUCGCUCACCUGUGGUAUCUCGACAAGAUUCAUCGGGCACAUUAAAGACUACAAUAUCCUUGGGUAAAACGCCUACCAUUAUUCAUACAGGACCUUUUUACUCAAUGAGGGAACCACCUGGAAAAGCGGAAUUGACCGGUGAUAAAGACUUAAUGACCGAAUAUGGUCUACACCAUACCUUAACUAAAUUUAAGGAUAAGAAAGUAAAAGAAUCUUUAGCGUCAUUUCUGCCAAAUUUACCGGGAAUUGCGGAUUGUAUGACAAAUAUUGAAAACAGCACAUUGCGAAGUGUGAUUGAGAAGCCUCCCAUAGUGGGCAAGGAGCUGUUACCUCUGACGUCAGUGCAAUUAGCUGGUUUUCGUUUACAUCCGGGACCACUGCCUGAACAAUAUCGUGCUUUAAAUUCAACACCUGCGAGAAAACAUAAAAAUAAACACAAAAAGCAUAAACACAAAGAUGGAGCUGUGCCACAAGAAACUUCUUUAAUGGAUUCAUCGGGCCUUGAACCUUAUGAGAAAAAGCAUAAAAAACAAAAACGUCAUGAAGACGAUAAAGAACGUAAAAAGCGUAAAAAAGAGAAAAAACGUAAAAAGAAAAGCCAUAGUCCUGAGCCACCUUCAUCGAUGAGUGGAGCAUCACUUGUUGGUUCUAUGCCUACAACACAAUUACAAAUGCAACAACAACAACAAUUAGCCUCUGCACCAACGUUACAACAUCCACAAAUGAUGCCAACAACACCAAUGUUAGGUGGGGUCGGUUUGAGCUCUGUUAUGGGCGGUGCAAUGCCAACCGGUGGUCCUGGCAGCAGUUCAGGCCCCGGUGGCUUGAUGAUGUCACAGCAAACGCCUUUAUUUUAGUCUUUUAAAGCAUGUCAAAAUUGAAACUAAAAUGCAAAGCAACUACAACUCAGUAAUUCCCGUUUUGAUUUGCAAUUAUUAAUAUUAUUAUUAUAAUUAUUAUUUUAAUAAUUUAGUCAAAUUAAGUUUUAAUUUAGUUAAUAA